AUGUUUCUGACAGAGAGAAAUAUGACCUCUGGGGCCACAUUCGCUUUCUUGGGCUUCUCAGAUUACCUGGAACUGCAAAUUCCCCUCUUCUUUGUAUUUCUGGCAGUCUAAGGCUUCAGUGUGGUAGGGAAGCUUGGGAUGAUAGUGAUCAUCAAAAUUAACCCGAAAUUGCACGCCCCCAUGUAUUUUUUCCUCAGCCAUCUCUCCAUUGUGGAUUUCUGCUAUUCCUAUCCCAUGAUGCUGGUGAACCUUGUUGUAGAAGAUAGAACCAUUUCAUUCUCAGGAUGUUUGGUGCAAUUCUUUUUCUUUUGCACCUUUGUAGUGACUGAAUUAAUUCUAUUCGCGGUGAUGGCCUAUGACCACUUUGCGGCCAUUUGCAAUCCUGUGCUCUACACAGUUGCCAUGUCCCAGAAACUCUGUGCCAUGCUGGUGGUUGGAUCGUAUGCAUGGGGAGUAACAUGUUCCUUGACACUCACACGCUCUGCUUUAAAGUUAUCUUUUCAUGGUUUCAACACAAUCAAUCAUUUCUUCUGUGAGUUAUCCUCCCUGAUAUCCCUCUCUUGCUCUUAUCUCAGCCAGUUGCUUCUUUUCACUGUUGCCACUUUUAAUGAGAUAAGCACACUACUCAUCAUUCUGACAUCUUAUGCAUUCAUCGUUAUCACCACCUUGAAGAUGCCUUCAGCCAGUGGGCACCGCAAAGUCUUCUCCCCCUGUGCCUCCCACCUGACUGCCAUCACCAUCUUCCAUGGCACCAUCCUCUUCCUCUACUGUGUGCCCAACUCCAAAAACACCAGGCACACAGUCAAAGUGGCCUCUGUGUUUUACACCGUGGUGAUCCCCAUGUUGAAUCCCCUGAUCUACAGUCUGAGAAAUAAAGAUGUUAAGGAUACCGUCCGAAAAAUAAUCAAUAUAAAAUAUUUUCAUAUUAAACAUAGGCAUUAA